GCCUAGCAACAUCCAUAACAAAACUUCAAAAGUUUUUGCAUGUAAGACUGUUCAAUUUUUUUAUUUAUUGACUAUACAGUUUUACUUGUUGUUAAGUAAUUUUUUAACAAAUAGAAAUGGAUGUGAAAAGUUUAGAAACCUAUGCAAUUAUUGGAUUUGACGGAUCUGCAAUCCGAGGGCUCAAGGUGCACCCAGAUGCGGAGCACAUUGUCUACCCGAUCGGCAACAAAGUCUGCAUCCAAGAAUGGAAGACCAAGAAGAUGUAUUUCCUGAGUGGCCACACCAACAGUGUGUCCACAGUGGCCGUGUCUCCUAAAGGCACCUUUGUGGGUUCGGGGCAGAUCAACCAUAUUGGCUUCAAAGCUGCUGCUAAAGUGUGGGACUUUAAGAAGAAGUCGCUUUUAGGGAGCCAUGAGUUGCAUAAGGUCCGCGUGGAAGCCAUAGCCUUCUCAUCCGAUGAACGCUACAUGAUCUCCCUUGGCGGGCGCGACGACGGCUGUGUGGUGCUGUGGGACUGCUUCGCCGGAGCCGCCACCGGCACCGCGGCCGCUGCUAAACUGACCACGGGCGAUGCGAUGACCCUCGCCACUCUGAAUCAGAGGGUCAACUCGUUUGUUACGGGGGGAGAUUCGAACCUCCGCGUGUGGAACAUCAGGGCGGAGUCCAAGAACUUAGACGUGGUGGACGUGACGCUCGGCAAGCUGCGCCGAAGCGUGCGCUGCAUCGCCAUUAGCAGCGACGACGCUUAUGGCUACGCUGGGACCACUACCGGGGACAUGAUAAAGUUUUCGAUCGGGUACCCGGCGGACCCGACGGCGUCGGUGGCGCAGUGCAAGCCUUCCAUGCUGGGCUGCCUCGCCAAGUGCGGCCCGUGGAAGAAGGGCAAGCGGCCCGAGGCGGUCUGCUACAGUCAGGGAAUAGAGUCGAUCCUAAUAAUGGACGAUGGCUGCCUCAUAGUGGGUUCCGGCGACGGCACCAUAGACCUCCUCGAUGAGAUCAACUGGAAAGGGGACUUCCCGAAAGGCAAGCUCUGCAAUCCUAGCAAACCUCAUUUCAAGGCGCUAAAAACCACGAGGCUAGACGGCUGCAUCACCUCCCUAGAGAUGAUGGAGUCUCCCUCACUGCGUGGUGAUAAGCGUCUGCUGCUGGCUGGGACUCGCAGCAGCGAGAUAUAUGCUGUGAGCGUGACCACCUUUGCGCCAGUACUGGUGGUCACCUGCCACCGCUGCGCUAUCAACGAUAUCGCGUUUCCGAGGAAUGUAAGCGAAUUGCAUAGUGUAACUAAUUACAAUCUAGAGAUUGAUUUGUCUACAUCGCUGCACUUGGUGUGCCAAUCGAAAUCUUUGGGGGUUGGAGGGCUGUAUAAUCUUUCUUGGCCAGUACUGGUGGUCACCUGCCACCGCUGCGCUAUCAACGAUAUCGCGUUUCCGAGGGGCAUGUCGGGCGUGUUUGCGACGGCGGGCGCGGGCGACGUGCGCGUGUGGUGCGUGGAGACGUGCCAGGAGCUAUUGCGCAUCGUGGUUCCCAACUUCGUCUGCUCUUCUGUGCUGUUCUCCGGCGAUGGGAAGUCUAUCGUGUCAGGCUGGAACGACGGCAACAUAAGAGCCUUCACGCCGCUGACGGGUCGUCUGGUGUACUGCAUCUACAACACACACAACAAGGGCACUUCCGCGCUCGAUAUGACGCACGACGGACGCACGCUCAUCUCCGGCGGCUGCGAGGGACAGGUCCGCGUGUGGGACAUCCGGCCGGAGUGCCAGAGCCUGAAGAAAGUGUUAAAAGAGCACAAAAGCCCGGUGUCGGCCAUCCAGGUGUCACCCAACGACACCGAGGCCGUCAGCGCGGGGACUGACGGCUCCGCCAUCAUCUGGGAUCUGAUCUCGCUGUCCCGCCGGCAAGUGAUGUACGCGAAUACUCUGUUCAUGUGCAUCUGCUUCGAGCCCCAAGGCUCGCAAUUGCUGACGGGCGGCACCGACCGCCGCGUGGCUUACUGGGAGACCGGCAGCGGGAAUCUCGCUAGGGAGCUGGAAGCCAGUAAAGCAGGAGCCAUCAACGGACUUCACAUCACGACAAACGGUGAACUAUUCGUCACCGGUGGAAACGAUCAGACUGUCAAGCUAUGGAAGUACCAGGAAGGCAUCUACACUCACGUGGGAUUAGGACACGCGGGCGCGGUGACGUGCUGCCGCUUCAGCCCCGACGCGCGCUUCGUGGUCAGCGCCUGCGCCGCCGGGAGCAUCAUCGUGUGGCGCGUGCCCGAGAUAUACCUGAGCAAGCCGCAGGCGCCGCCUAGCGCAGGCCUCAAGAGCCUGCCGCAGAGCCCGAAGGCCCUGCAGGACGAGCUUAAGCUGCCCCUGUCUGAGAAGCCGGCACAGAAGGCCGCCGGCGACCGCCCUGUCAAGAUACCCGCUGCUCCUUCUAAGGUGGAGAAGAUAGAAGCGAUGGACACGACACGCAGCAGCGUACAUUCGUGCUGUCCCUGCGACGUGACUAAGAAGCCGUCUUCCAAGGGCAGUACGCCCAAAACGGGAACUAAAUGUUGCCGUCCGCCCGGAGACAAUCUUCCCACGAGGACUACAAGCAAAGAGUACGUGAGCAGCGGUGGAGGGGAUAAAAAAUAGGAAGAGACGACUGUUGAAACGAUGUGUUCCAAUCCCGCACCAAAUUGUAUUAUUAUUAUAUUAAUUUAUUAAUAAAUUUGUAUUUUUCCAAAA